CUGUGAAUUGAACAUAAGUCAACUCUCAACAGUGACUGUACUUUAUAGUCAAUUGUAGUAUUUGAUUAGAGGUGUUGUGUGAUUAACUGAUAAAAGCAAACAAUAAUAAAAGUUAAAAUAUUAAUUAUAAAAAAAUUAAGUAUAUAUUGCAAUUAUUUAAUAGUUUAGAAGAUAACUAUAGUGUUGUGUUGCUAAUUUACUAAUUUCCGUAGUAUCAAUAUUACUCUGGUGUAAAGUGCUGUCGAAAAGCCGCAGGAAGUCUAUGAACUACGGUAUGCCGAAAGUAUGGUAUCGUUCGAGGCGAAAUCAAGUUGUAAUAUUAGUUGUGAUUGUGUUCUCUUUACUAUAUUAUGUUUCAUUAAAUAACACUUUAAGGGAACCAAAUCUUGAUCUUACGAGAAGUUCUAGUGGUGGUGUUAAGCAAACUAACGUAGCUAAGUUGCCUGUCAAAGAUGAUUCAACCUAUAACCUAGAUGAGAGGUAUAUAGAAAAAAGACUGGAGAACUCCUUAAGGGAGGAUAAGAAUUCGGGGUGUGAGAUACCCAAGUUAGACCCCUUCGCACCGGAAGUGACUAAGUUCGAUAAAGAUCUACCUAAAAUAGUUUGCUAUGGCGUGGAUUGGGUCAAAUGUUAUUUAGACGAGUGCAAAGUAGUACCAGAGAUAUUGAGGACUACACGAGAUAUAAUAUGCACGUACAAUGAUAUACUUUACGAAAGUGAUGCAAAAUACACAAUAGGUCCGUCCAUAGAGAUACGUGGGGCUGAUGUGUAUCCGCUCAUUAAGAGCGAUCACGUGAAGGUUAAAUGUACUGGAACGCAUGAAAAUAGCAUUUUACCAAGCAAAUGGCUGGGCCACGGUAUAGGUUUCCGAUCAACAGUCCACCCUAAAACCCCCCCACCGGGUCGAGAGAACACAUAUGAUAUUCUGUUCUUAGGGUUCGACUCCACGGCAAAGAAUGGAUUCAUAAGACGCAUGCCGAAAAGCUAUAAGGUCGUUAAGGAAAUACUUGGAGCUACUGUAUUGAAUUCCUAUAACAUCGUUGGGGAUGGAACUCCGGCCGCUUUGUUCCCAUUCUUAACUGGCAAGACCGAAUUGGAGUUGCCAGAUGUAAGAAAGAAAACGAAAAAUAAUGAUAGUUUGGACAAUAUGCCGUUUAUAUUUUAUAGGCUUAAGGAUGAUGGGUAUCGUACAGCCUAUUUCGAAGAUAUGCCGUGGAUUGGUACUUUUCAGUACCGUUUCAAGGGGUUUGUACGCCAACCAGCUGAUCACUACCUACGAGCGUUUUAUUUAGAAGAAUCUCAGAAUGGAAAGAAAUGGGGAAACAAGGCCAAGAGAUAUUGUGUGGGAGAUACUCCCCAGUUUGAAUUGAUGUUAAAUAUUACUGAUCAGUUCUUCAAGUUAGACGGUAAAAAGUUUGGUUUCACAUUCAUUGCUGAUAUAACACACGAUGACUUUAACAUGAUACCGACGGCUGAUGAUGCGUUGGCGGCCUUUUUAACUGAUUUCAUGGAAAAGGGAAGAGGGAAAAACACAAUGCUUCUAUUGUUUGGUGACCAUGGACCUAGAUACGCUUACGUUCGCGACACAUUACAAGGCAAAUUCGAAGAGCGGUUGCCUCUUAUGGCUAUACGUUUACCAGAUGACCUCGUAAAAGAAAGGCCGGACGCACAAAAGAACUUGGAACGUAACGCCGAAGUUUUGACGACGCCCCAUGAUAUUCACGCCACAAUUUUGGAUGUUAUGGAUAUGAGGAAGGAGUGGAAUCCAUAUAAGAUUAAGGGUGCGGACUUGACGCGUGGUUUAACGAUAUUGGAACCGAUCUCAUCAAACCGAUCCUGUAGUGAGGCGGGAAUCGAACCCCACUGGUGUUCUUGUUUAUCCUGGGAAGAAGUGGUUAAAUCUGAUCCUAUGUUCACGAAGACUGGGAAGGCGCUGGUGGAUUUUAUUAAUUCACUCACAGACGAAGCUAGAUCAAAAUGCGUUCCCCGAACUCUUCAAAGUGUUCAGUGGUCGAUGCGUAAGCGGCCUAAUAAUGGAGUACUAACAUUCGUGGCCGCGAAGGAUAUGGACGGAUACGUUGGCAAGUUCGGAAAACAGCUGAAUGCUGAUAGAGAGGAUUAUACUGUUAAGAUAACAGUUAACCCAAAUAAUGGAGUGUAUGAAGGAUCUCUGAUUUAUUACAAAGCGGAGGAUAGAUUCGAGAUCGACUCGAGAGAUAUAUCAAGGAUUAAUGCAUACAACAACGAGCCCAGUUGUAUUAGCGCGACCCUACCUCAUCUAAAUAUGUAUUGCUUUUGUAAAGAAUUCCUUUAACCUCCAUCAUCAUAUAUUCGGUGAUAAAUAUCAUCCUAUAUUAAGAUAAGUGCCUUUGAAUGUUCGAAUAUCUAUAGGAAAAACGAUAAAAAUUGCUCACAUCAUAUUAACUAACAGAUAUAAGCGUGUAGAAUAUACAACAUCCUUGGUCAAAUGAUACAAUAAUUUAAAAAAAAGGGUGCAUGUACUUAUGUACGCGUGUAAGAAGUUAUACUUCUUUGGCAUUAUUAAAAAUAGUUUUUGAUUGCA